GCAUCUGCCUGCUAAAAUGUCCGCCACGACCACCACAACGACAACAGCCACCAACAACACCGUCUCGCUCGACGGCUACGACGAGGAGCAGGUGCGCCUCAUGGAGGAGCGCUGCAUCCUCGUCGACGAGAACGACAAGGCGUACGGCGAGGGCUCGAAGAAGGAGUGCCACCUCAUGACCUCGAUCAACGACGGCCUCCUGCACCGCGCCUUUUCCGUGUUCCUCUUCCGCCCGUCCGACGGCCGCCUGCUCCUCCAGAAGCGCGCGAGCGAGAAGAUCACCUUCCCCGACCAGUGGACAAACACCUGCUGCUCGCACCCGCUGUACAUCAAGUCGGAGAUUGUCGAGGAGGGACAGGCUGGUGUCCGCGCCGCUGCCAUCCGUAAGCUCGACCACGAGCUCGGCAUCCCCACCGACGCGAUCAAGCCCGAGGAGUUCACCUUCCUCACGCGGAUCCACUACCUCGCGCCGUCGAACGGCGUGUGGGGCGAGCACGAGAUCGACUACAUUCUCUUCACGGCCAAGGACGUGCCCACCGACAUCAACCCCAACGAGAUUGGCGACGCGCGCUACGUCUCGCGCGCCGAGCUCGAGGCCAUGUUCGCCGACAGCCAGUACUCGUUCACGCCGUGGUUCCGCCUGAUCGCGCGCGACCUCCUCUUCCCCUGGUGGGACGAGAUGCUCGCCAAGAGCCGCGCGCUCGGCUGGGACGAGGCGGCCGGCAAGGGCGCCGUGACUGCCACUGUGCUCGAGGGCGAGCCGCGCAUCAACGACAUUCUCAAGCUUGCCUAGGCGCUCCGGCCCUGGGCAUGAUGCACAUAGACGCAAUCGUAAUCAUAUCUCGGGACUCUAAUGACAUGCAUAGCC